AAGAAGAAGGUGAAGACGAUAAAAAGAAAAGAGCGAGCAAGUUGUCGCGCGAGAAGGGAUGCCUGCCAAGGGGGAGAGAGGUAAGGCGACGGACUUUAGCAUCGCGGCCAUCAUGGCGCCCAGGGGUCCGUCCUUCGGGCAUUACCACCUGCAGGGCAUCGGCAACACCGCAACUAACCUCGAGUGUCCUACCACUAAAGGAUUCGUCGCUGGAUCGAAUCUUGAUCAUCACGCGAGAACGUCUCCGGUUAACAUCGUUGCGACUGCUACCGUGGUGACGGACGAGGCUCUCUUAGUCGAGGACGAGGCCGAGAAUUGCGAGGUUGAAGAAGAAGUUGAAAAUUGCGAGGAAACUGAAAAGUCGACCAAUGAGGAAGACGAGGAGGUCGACGUAGACGUGGACGUCGAGGAGUGUAGCAGCGUCGAGGAUGGUCCUAUUCAUGGGCUUCCAGACGAUCUCAGUACCGGCUCGUCCUCUAGUUCCUCGAGGAAAUACGACGGGGCUAAUGGCGUUUCCAAUUGCAACGAGCAGCAUCAUGAGAGAAAGCACAGACUUAGGACGAGCUGUAACUCGGACGAGCUCCGAGACGUCGAGUGUCAGCUCGAGACCAAGGAUUUGUGGGAUAAGUUCAACGAACUCGGCACGGAGAUGAUCAUCACCAAGACCGGACGACGGAUGUUUCCCACCUGCCGAGUAUCCUUUCGAGGAUUGAAAACGGAAGGGCGUUACGCCGUUCUGAUGGACAUCGCGCCGGUCGACAAUAAAAGGUAUCGAUACGCCUAUCACAGAAGCUGUUGGCUCGUGGCCGGAAAGGCCGAUCCCCCGGCACCCGCUCGUCUUUACGUGCAUCCGGAUUCACCAUUUACCGGGGAUCAGCUCGCGAAACAAGUCGUCUCCUUUGAGAAGGUUAAGUUGACGAACAACGAUAUGGACAAGCAUGGUCAGAUAGUAUUGAACUCUAUGCACAAGUAUCAACCUAGAAUACAUUUGGUCAGAUGCAAACAAACGGAUGACAACAAUCUACAGAUCAAUGAUCUUCGUAAAGAAGAAUACAAAACGUUCAUUUUUCCUGAAGCUAUUUUCACCGCUGUCACGGCAUAUCAAAAUCAGCUGAUCACCAAGUUGAAGAUCGACAGUAAUCCAUUCGCAAAGGGUUUCAGGGAUUCCUCGAGGUUGACGGAUUUCGAUCGAGAUCCGAUGGAGAUAAUGGAGCAACAGCUGGUGAGAUGCGGAGUACCACCGGUGAGAAUAUACGAACAUCUCGCGAUGUCCUCGCCGGCGGCAGCGGCAGCCACAACCGCAUCACAGCAGCAACAGUCACAGGAGAACGGAGGACACGCGACGGCCGCGGCUCUGGGCCCGUGGCUGACGGCGGCGGCGGGGGCCUCCUCGGCUCUUCUUUACGGGGCCGCCGUCGGGCAGACGCACCCUGCCAACAGGGCCGCGAGUGGUUCGCCUUCCCCCUACCACUCCGCGGCCGCCACGACUUUUCCCUACCCGACUGCCCUCGGGUGGUCGUGGCAACCGUCGCCGGUCGCGAUUAUUUCCCGACGGACCUCGCCACCCUCUGCAGCCCUCAGGUACGCACCCUAUCCACAUCCUAGCGGGACCCCUCCGCCUACGAGCCUACGCGUCCGCCCCUCCAGCCCCAAUUAGCGAGUCUAAUAGCUUUUCCUCUCUAUUUCUUAGCAUCCCUGCGUCUACUUACUUAUCAAUGUAACAUACAACGUGGCCAAGUUUUUGCGAUAGGAAAAACGAAGACCUUGCAAAUUCCUGCCUAGAUGUAAACCAGUGAUUCCCAAACUUUUUUCUCUCCUACCGCCCCCUUUCCAGAAAAAAAUAUUACUUAUCGCCCCCCUGAAAAUUGAUUUUUUAGUUUUCCUUUUUUUCUUUUUUUUUUUUUUUAGUAACUCAAAAUAAAAUUCAUCGCCCUCCCCAAAUGCACCUGUGAUGUGGCCAUCAUCGUCUCCAUGAAUCACUUCAUCGUCCACAAGGGGGCGAUAUCGCAAACUUUGGGAACCACUGAUGAAAACAAAUGCGUUUUUAUUUUUUUCCAUUAAUUGUAGCAUAAUUUAUGACGAGAAACAAAUUAAACAUUUCGAUAAUUCUUAUUCGUGAUAUAUUAUUUUGUGCAGCAAUUAGUUCGGUGUUUUGAUAUUUUAAAUUCAUUGCAUACAAAAAAUCAUCGUCUUAUUUUCAUGAAGAAAUUUGUUAGUUGUUUAAAGAUUGACCAAUGUCGUCGAAAAUAAUGGGAAUUAUUUCGAAAAAUGACAGGUGUAUAUGACUUACUUUAUAAAUAAAUACUAAAUUUGUAAAAAAAAAAAAAA